UUUUUGGUUCGUGAUUCGGUACAACACAGAUGAAGAUGCGUUUGUUUGUCUUCUCUGCGCUGUUGGUGUCGGGAUUUCCAUUCAUCAUAACUGAAGUUGUAGAUUCAUUCAAUGCGUGCAAGGAUUUCUUUUUAGAAGGACAGCCUCCAGUAAUUCCAGACAUUAUCCUGAAUUCAGUCUCGCUAGAUCAAAAUCGCUACAAACUAAUCUGUCAAAAGUAUAAGGAAGCUUACAGGUUUGCAACUCUCUACGAUAUAGAAAAUAAGAUCCCUGUUUUUUCAGCCUACAAAUAUACUGGGAAAGGAGACUUCAAAAGACCAAGAAUAAAAUGGAUGAUUGAGUCUGAGCUUGAUCCUCCUGUUGCUGAGAUGACUGUACGGACUUGUGCAAAUCAGGCCAUCAAUGAAGACUACAGCAAUAACACCUAUAAUGUUAAUCGAGGCCACUUGUUUCCCUGCUGUCACGCAGCUGAUGUUAUCACUGCAAAAUCUACAUUCACACUGACCAACACAGUGCCACAGAAGAAGAGCUUUAAUGAACUCAGUUGGAGUCGCAUGGAAUAUGAGACCAAAAAUAUCAUGAAUACUUGCAAAAAUAACAAUAAUAAAGUUGAAGCCUAUGUGCUGACUGGAGCAAUACCUGGCAACAGUAAACUGAAAGAUAAAGUGAACAUUCCCUCUUACAUGUGGAUGGCGUUUUGCUGUUACAAUCGUAGUGAAAACAAAUGGGUCUCCCAAGCUUAUUGGGCCCAAAACAUUGAAGAAGAAAAGAGUGAAAACAAGAUUAUCCAUAAAGAUAGCCUGCAGAAAUUAAAACAAUUUCUUGAUGAAACAUGGGUGAGAAACGUACAGCUGUUUAAGGAAGACUGCACAUAUGAAUAAAUGAUCACUGAAUAAUCAUUUAUUCUGCUUGUAGGAUUAGAGGUUCAUUAAAAAUGCUUUUUUAGAGCUCCUCCAGAAUCCUAACUUGAUUUUUUCAGACCAUCCUGCUUUGAGUCUACUUCAUAUAUCUCACACUUUACCAAAUCAUGUAUUUUCUCUAAUAAAUAUUGUGCAAAUGUUCACGUAUCAGUCAUCUAACUGAAUGAAGGCAAAGUGGGAUGUAGUAUUGUCAGUGAAAAGGUCCAGAAAAUGGUGGCAUUAUCUCAGGAGCUAUCCUAAACUCAAAUAAUCAUUUUAGCUCUAGUCUGGAACAGUCCAAAAAUGCCAAAGGUUAUUUUUUACUCAGUCAUGCACAUACUUUUGAAAGGCUGUCACUGAAAAUCAGGUUGUUGUUUUGUUUUGUUUUUUGCCUCCAUAAUGGUGUAGUUACUAUAUCUUCCAGUAGGGGAUGGCUGGACCAUGCUAACCAGCCAAAGCCUGACAUUGCCUACACAGUCAUCGGCAAAAGUUUUGGCAGUGACAUAAAUUUUGUGUUUUACAAAUAUUGAAGCAGAAAACUGCAGAAUAUUUUUUUCCACGUUUCUAUGGUAUACUGAAAAACAAUAAGCAUACAAGUUUUAAAGGCUUUUAUUUGCAAAAAAAUAAAAUAAAAUAAAUAAAUACAAGUCCAUA